CAGUUACACUCAGCUGAACUCACUCUUCCUCUCACCAUGUCCUACGGCUGCUCCUCCGGAAACUUCUCCUCCCGCUCCUUUGGGGGCUACCUGCAAUACCCAGGCGCCUCCUGCGGCUCUUCCUACCCCAGCAACCUGGUCUACACCAGUGAUCUCCAGUCUCCCACCAACUGCCAGCUGGGCUCCUCUCUCUACAGCGGCUGUCAGGAGACCUUCAACGAGCCCGCCGGCUACGAGAGUUCCUGCGCAGUGUCCAGCCCCUGCCAGACGUCCUGCUACCGCCCCAGGCCGUCCACCUUCUGCAGUCCCUGCCAGACGACUUACUCUGGAUCUCUGGGCUUUGGCUCCAGCAGCUGCCACUCCCUGGGCUAUGGGUCGAGGGGCUGCUACUCCUCAGGCUGUGGCUCCAGUGGCUUCAGGCCCCUGGGUUAUGGAGUCCGUGGAUUCCCUUCCCUGGGCUAUGGAUCUGGGUUCUGCCGCCCAUCCUUCUCCGUUAUUAGGAGUUUCCAGUCUCCUUGUUACAGACCGACCUAUGGAUCAGGCUUCUGCAGGUCAACUUACUAA